AUGCAUGCACUGGUCAUCUCUAUUUUCCUCCACGCAUGCGAGACAUGGACUCUCACAGCUGAGUUAGAUAGGAAAAUCCAGGCUGUGGAAAUGCGGUGCUACACGAGGAUACUUGGCUUCAGCUACAGAGUCUAUGCGACAAAUGAAGAAGUGCGCAAAAUCAUCCCAGAUCGCAUAGGACCUCAACAAGAGCUCUUAUCAACCUUCAGAAGACGAAAACUGCAGUGGUAUGGCCACGUCACAAGAUCCUCAGGACUGGCCAAGACCAUUCUCCAGGGAACAGUUAAAAGUGACAGAAGGAGAGGCGGACAGAAAAAGAAAUGGAUAGACCACAUCAAGGAAUGGACGGGAGCUGGCUUUGCCACUACCCGAGUCCAGGCCAAGGAUCAGUUUGUCCCUGACUUCAUUGCAAAGGACAUAGUGAUUUCGAGGUUCAUAUUUUGA